GCACGCGCGCAGCGAGCGGAAGGGAGACCACCGUCUGCAGCGCCCGUGAAGAUGUCCACUCCAGACCCACCCCUGGGUGGAACUCCUCGGCCUGGGCCUUCCCCAGGUCCAGGCCCCUCACCUGGAGCCAUGCUGGGCCCCAGCCCAGGCCCCUCACCUGGCUCGGCCCACAGUAUGAUGGGGCCCAGCCCAGGGCCUCCCUCAGCAGGACACCCCAUCCCAACCCAAGGGCCUGGGGGGUACCCUCAGGACAACAUGCACCAGAUGCACAAGCCUAUGGAGUCCAUGCACGAGAAGGGCAUGUCGGAUGACCCACGCUACAACCAGAUGAAAGGAAUGGGGAUGCGGUCAGGGGGCCACGCAGGGAUGGGGCCCCCGCCCAGCCCCAUGGACCAGCACUCCCAAGGUUACCCCUCGCCCUUGGGCAGCUCUGAGCAUGCUUCCAGCCCAGUUCCAGCCAGUGGUCCAUCCUCUGGUCCCCAAAUGUCAUCUGGGCCAGGAGGGGCUCCUCUAGAUGGUGCUGACCCCCAGGCCUUGGGGCAGCAGAACCGGGGCCCAACCCCAUUUAACCAGAACCAGCUGCACCAGCUUCGAGCUCAGAUCAUGGCCUACAAGAUGCUGGCCAGGGGGCAACCCCUUCCUGACCACCUGCAAAUGGCUGUGCAGGGAAAGCGGCCGAUGCCUGGGAUGCAGCAGCAGAUGCCAACACUACCUCCACCCUCUGUGUCCGCCACAGGACCUGGGCCUGGCCCUGGCCCUGGCCCUGGCCCAGGUCCGGGACCAGCACCUCCAAAUUACAGCAGGCCUCAUGGUAUGGGAGGACCCAACAUGCCGCCUCCAGGACCCUCAGGUGUGCCCCCUGGGAUGCCUGGCCAGCCCCCUGGAGGGCCUCCUAAACCCUGGCCUGAAGGACCCAUGGCGAAUGCUGCUGCCCCCACAAGCACCCCUCAGAAACUGAUCCCCCCGCAGCCGACAGGACGCCCUUCGCCUGCGCCCCCCGCUGUCCCACCCGCCGCCUCACCUGUGAUGCCACCUCAGACGCAGUCCCCAGGGCAGCCAGCUCAGCCUGCACCCUUGGUGCCACUGCACCAGAAGCAGAGCCGCAUCACCCCCAUCCAGAAGCCCAGAGGCCUGGACCCUGUGGAGAUCCUGCAGGAGCGGGAGUACAGGCUGCAGGCUCGCAUUGCACACCGAAUUCAGGAACUUGAAAACCUCCCCGGGUCCCUGGCCGGGGAUUUGCGAACCAAAGCAACCAUUGAGCUCAAGGCCCUCAGGCUGCUGAACUUCCAGAGACAGCUGCGUCAGGAGGUUGUGGUGUGCAUGCGUAGGGACACGGCCUUGGAGACAGCCCUCAACGCCAAGGCCUACAAGCGCAGCAAGCGGCAGUCCCUGCGAGAGGCCCGCAUCACUGAGAAGCUAGAGAAACAGCAGAAGAUUGAGCAGGAGCGCAAGCGCCGCCAGAAGCACCAGGAAUACCUCAAUAGCAUUCUUCAGCAUGCCAAGGAUUUUAAAGAAUAUCACAGAUCAGUCACAGGCAAAAUUCAGAAACUCACCAAGGCAGUAGCCACGUACCAUGCCAACACAGAGCGAGAACAGAAGAAAGAAAAUGAACGAAUCGAGAAGGAAAGAAUGCGGAGGCUCAUGGCUGAAGACGAGGAGGGCUACCGCAAACUCAUCGACCAGAAGAAGGACAAGCGCUUGGCCUACCUCUUGCAACAGACAGAUGAGUAUGUGGCCAAUCUCACUGAGCUGGUGCGGCAGCAUAAGGCUGCCCAGGUCGCCAAGGAGAAAAAGAAGAAAAAGAAAAAGAAGAAGGCAGAAAAUGCUGAAGGGCAGACACCUGCAAUUGGACCAGAUGGCGAGCCUCUGGACGAGACCAGCCAGAUGAGUGAUCUCCCUGUGAAAGUCAUCCAUGUGGAGAGUGGGAAGAUCCUCACGGGCACAGAUGCCCCAAAAGCUGGUCAGCUGGAGGCCUGGCUUGAGAUGAACCCAGGGUAUGAGGUAGCUCCAAGAUCCGAUAGUGAGGAAAGUGGCUCAGAAGAAGAGGAGGAGGAGGAGGAGGAAGAGCAGCCGCAGCCAGCGCAACCUCCCACCCUGCCUGUGGAGGAAAAGAAGAAGAUUCCAGACCCAGAUAGCGAUGACGUCUCUGAAGUGGAUGCCCGGCACAUCAUUGAGAAUGCCAAACAAGAUGUUGAUGAUGAAUAUGGUGUGUCCCAGGCCUUGGCUCGUGGCCUGCAAUCCUACUAUGCAGUGGCUCACGCUGUCACUGAGAGAGUGGACAAACAGUCGGCGCUUAUGGUCAAUGGUGUCCUCAAACAGUACCAGAUCAAGGGCUUGGAGUGGCUGGUGUCCCUGUACAACAACAACCUGAAUGGCAUCCUGGCUGAUGAGAUGGGUUUGGGGAAAACCAUCCAGACCAUCGCACUCAUCACGUACCUCAUGGAGCACAAGCGCAUCAACGGGCCCUUCCUCAUCAUAGUGCCUCUCUCGACGCUGUCAAACUGGGCAUACGAAUUUGACAAGUGGGCCCCCUCUGUGGUGAAGGUGUCGUACAAGGGCUCUCCAGCAGCAAGACGGGCUUUCGUCCCCCAGCUCCGCAGUGGGAAAUUCAACGUCUUGCUGACAACCUAUGAGUACAUCAUCAAAGACAAGCACAUCCUGGCCAAGAUCCGCUGGAAGUACAUGAUCGUGGAUGAAGGCCAUCGCAUGAAGAACCACCACUGUAAGCUGACACAGGUCCUCAACACGCACUAUGUGGCCCCUCGGCGCCUGUUGCUGACAGGAACACCGCUGCAGAACAAGCUCCCUGAGCUCUGGGCACUGCUCAAUUUCCUGCUGCCCACCAUCUUCAAGAGCUGCAGCACUUUUGAGCAGUGGUUCAAUGCUCCCUUUGCCAUGACCGGGGAGAAGGUGGACCUGAAUGAGGAGGAAACCAUCCUUAUCAUCCGUCGUCUUCACAAAGUGCUGCGGCCCUUCUUGCUCCGGCGGCUCAAGAAGGAAGUUGAGGCCCAAUUGCCUGAGAAGGUGGAAUAUGUCAUCAAGUGCGACAUGUCUGCUCUGCAGCGUGUUCUCUAUCGGCACAUGCAAGCUAAGGGGGUGCUACUGACAGAUGGCUCCGAGAAGGACAAGAAGGGCAAAGGUGGCACCAAGACUCUGAUGAACACCAUCAUGCAGCUGAGGAAGAUCUGCAACCACCCGUACAUGUUCCAACACAUUGAAGAGUCCUUUUCUGAGCACUUGGGGUUCACCGGUGGCAUCGUCCAGGGACUGGAUCUGUACAGAGCUUCUGGUAAAUUUGAGCUUCUUGAUAGAAUUCUUCCCAAACUCCGUGCAACCAACCAUAAAGUGCUGCUGUUCUGCCAAAUGACCUCCCUCAUGACGAUCAUGGAAGAUUAUUUUGCAUAUCGUGGCUUUAAAUACCUCAGGCUCGAUGGAACCACAAAGGCAGAGGACCGGGGUAUGCUGCUGAAAACCUUCAACGAGCCCGGCUCCGAAUACUUCAUUUUCCUACUCAGCACCCGGGCUGGGGUGGGACUGAACCUCCAGUCGGCUGACACUGUGAUCAUUUUCGACAGCGACUGGAAUCCCCACCAGGACCUGCAAGCGCAGGACCGAGCCCACCGCAUUGGACAGCAGAACGAGGUGCGCGUGCUCCGCCUCUGCACGGUCAACAGCGUGGAGGAGAAGAUCCUGGCUGCGGCCAAGUAUAAGCUCAACGUCGACCAGAAGGUGAUCCAGGCAGGCAUGUUUGACCAGAAGUCAUCCAGCCACGAGCGGCGCGCAUUCCUGCAGGCCAUCUUGGAGCACGAGGAGCAGGACGAGAGCAGACACUGCAGCACGGGCAGCGGCAGUGCCAGCUUCGCCCACACUGCCCCUCCGCCAGCGGGCGUCAACCCCGACUUGGAGGAGCCACCUCUAAAGGAAGAAGAUGAGGUGCCCGAUGAUGAGACUGUCAACCAAAUGAUUGCCCGGCACGAAGAGGAGUUCGACCUGUUCAUGCGCAUGGACCUGGACCGCCGGCGCGAGGAGGCCCGCAACCCUAAGCGGAAGCCACGCCUGAUGGAGGAGGAUGAGCUCCCAUCCUGGAUCAUAAAGGAUGACGCCGGUGAGCGGCUGACCUGUGAGGAGGAGGAGGAGAAGAUGUUUGGCCGCGGCUCCCGCCAACGCAAGGGUGACUACAGCGAUUCCCUGACAGAGAAGCAGUGGCUCAAGGCCAUCGAGGAGGGCACGCUGGAGGAGAUCGAAGAGGAGGUCCGGCAGAAGAAAUCGUCACGGAAACGCAAGCGGGACAGCGACGCCGGCUCCUCCACACCGACCACCAGCACCCGCAGCCGGGACAAGGAUGAUGAGAGCAAGAAGCAGAAAAAGCGAGGGCGGCCACCUGCUGAGAAGCUCUCCCCAAACCCACCCAACCUCACCAAGAAGAUGAAGAAAAUCGUGGACGCGGUCAUCAAGUACAAGGACAGUAGUAGUGGACGUCAGCUCAGUGAGGUUUUCAUCCAGCUGCCUUCCCGCAAGGAGCUGCCUGAAUACUACGAGCUCAUCCGCAAGCCUGUGGACUUCAAGAAGAUAAAGGAACGCAUCCGCAACCACAAGUACCGCAGCCUCAGCGACCUGGAGAAGGACGUGAUGCUGCUGUGCCAGAACGCACAGACCUUCAACCUGGAGGGCUCGCUGAUCUAUGAGGACUCCAUCGUCCUGCAGUCAGUCUUUACCAGCGUGAGGCAGAAAAUCGAGAAAGAGGAUGACAGCGAAGGCGAGGAGAGUGAGGAAGAGGAGGAGGGCGAGGAGGAAGGUUCAGAAUCUGAAUCCCGCUCCGUCAAAGUGAAGAUCAAGCUCGGCCGGAAGGAGAAGGCACAGGACCGGCUAAAGGGGGGCCGGCGGCGGCCAAGCCGGGGGUCUCGGGCCAAACCAGUUGUGAGCGACGAUGACAGUGAGGAGGAGCAAGAGGAGGACCGCUCAGGAAGUGGCAGUGAGGAAGACUGAGCUCCGACAUUCCAGAGCCUCCGUCCGCCCCAAGCCCUCGUUCCCGAGCUGAGACGGAGUAGCCCUUAGCAGUAACGGGUAGCAGCAGACGUAGUUCCAGACUUGGGGGAAACUGUAUAAACAAAGAAUCUUCCAUAUUUAUGCGGCAGAGAAGAUGUAGGACCGUUCGUGUCUGGCCCUGUCCUGGCAUCGGUAGCGUUUGUAACAGCAUUAACUGUUCAAGGGAAUCAUGCAUUGGGCGCUGCCCCGUCGCGCUUCCCUGGCGGCGCGGCUGCGGCUGCGGCUGAUCACUGUAGUGUAAGUGUGGGUGCAUGUGUGUAGCCGUCCACUCCUCGUACUGUACUCUGUUGGACAGGUCAGACUCGCCGGGGGCCGGGGGCCACGGGCCCGGUGGGGUAUGUCAGUGUCACUGGAUGUCAAACAGUAAUAAAUUAAACCAACACCACAAGACAGUGGCCCCGGUCACUCCUUCCUGGCUCCUGGGCUCCCACUGCCAGGAGUCGGGGCCAGGCUCUGUCCAGGUGCCAGUCCUCCAUCACCAGGACACCAGGGUCCGUUUCACAGAGGAGAACACUGAGGCCUCGGGAGACAAGACAGUCUUGACCAGGCCACAUGCUUGGGCUCCUGGCCCUGCUGUGCUGGGAGCAGACAGUAGCCACCGGGGCAGGCAGGGCUGUGACGGGGACGUGGUGCUCAGGGCAUCCCAGGAAGCGCCAGCCUGCAGUUGGGAUGUGUCAGUGUUUUCAUACCCACCGGCCGUUCCUCAGGCGUGACCCUUUAGCUCUUUGGACGUGUUUACAAGAGUCUCAGGCAGUGCAGAUCCUCCAGGCCCCACCUGGUGCCCCUUGCACACACGAGCCUCACGCUGACAGGUGACUGCUUGGAACGGUUUGUCUAGUUUCAGUUUAGUUUUUAGAACAAGGAUUUGCCAAGAUCCUUGCUCCAUUAUUUUGGAAACCCCCCCUUUCCCUUUGUUUUUGUGAUAAUUUUGACUUAAUAGACCUGAUUUAUUUUGACGUUAUAGAAAACCAGCUCACCAAAACUGAUUUCGUGGUAUUCAGUAUAAACUGAGACCAAUUUUAUUUAUUUAUUUUUGGGGUACUGGGACUGAACCCUGAACCCAGAGGUGCUUUACCACUCAGACCUUAUUUUUUAUCUUAAGGGUCUCACUAAGUUGCUGAGGCUGGCCUCAAACUUGCCAUCCUCCUGCCUCAGCCUCUCAAGCUUCUGGGAUUACAGGCAUGUGCCACCACACCCAGCACUGAGACCAGUUUUAAAAUAUGCCCCUUAAGCAGAGGCAGAAAUAAGAACAUGUGAAACCCGUAUAUUGUAAUAUUAUGGGUUAUGAUGAUAUGGCAGCCAAAUCCAAAAUAAUAUCCACUUAGACGUGAGAUCUGACUUCUUAUUUCUGUUGAGAGUCUGGAGUUGGUGUCACACAAAAUCAGAAAUAAGCAUCUAUGUUACUGUUUCACUGUGCACCACCUUAUGUCCUCAUGGCCCAAGAUGCCUGCCAUGGCUCACUCUAUACAAACCACACUUCAGCUGCCAGCAGGAGACAACAGGGAGAAAGGCUCCCCCUCCCACCCUUCAGAGGUAUCUGAUACCUUACUUGCCCUACCUUCUGUGCAGUACUAGGGCUUAAAUCCAGAGCUUCACAACAAAGCGGUUGGCAGGCGCUUUACCACUGAGGUGCAGCCCAGCUCCUUUUUUUAAAUUUUAUUUUGAGACAAGUCUGUGUUUCCCAGGCUUGCCUCAAACUAGUGAUCCUCUUGCCUUGGCCUCCCAAGUUGCUAGGAUUGCAGGCAUGUGCACCAUGCCCAACAAUGUUGGCUGUUAACCAGGGCAUUCUGGCCUAGUGACAGCUGCUUGCCAGCCACCAGCCCUCCUGGCCUGUGCGCUCACCCUUGCUCCCUCUUCCCUGCAGACCAGGACCUCCGCUCCUGAUUUCUCCCAAACCCUGAGGGGUAGAGGAUUCACUCUCAGUUCAUGGAUGGCUUAAGCCGCCUGCCCAGGCUGCACAGAGUUCUCAGGGGCCACCUGAGAGGAGUGGUGGGUUAAGAAACAGGAAGGUCUCUGUCCCCACACAAGCAAGGGAAGCAUCUGUAAGACAUGGGUGAGCAGGACCUUCAGACUGGGAAGCCCACCAGAUGCGGUGGCACAUGCCUGUAACCCCAGUGGCUCGGGAAGCUGAAGCAGGAGAGUUCAAAGCCAGCCUCGUGAGGCCCUAAGGAACUCGGUGAGACCCUGUCUCUGAGUAAAAUAUAAAGAAGGGCUGGGGAUGUGGUGCAGUGAUUAAGUGCCCCUGGGCUCAAUCCCCGGUACCAAAAAGAAAGAAAAGACUAGCAAGCCAGGUCCAAGUGCAAGGGGAGCCUGGGCAGGGCCCUGACAGCCUGGAUGGGGGCCCCAUAUCUUCCCACUCCCCUAAUUCCCUUCUCCUGUUGGGUGGGCUUGGGGCCCCUGGUAACUGACCCAGGGCUGUGGAAACAACACUGUGACUGCCACAGGCAGGCCACGGAAGCGCUCCAGCUUGCACCUUUCCUGCUGGGACGUGCACAUACUCUUAAAGCCACUGGCUGCCAUAGGACAGCCCAGCCGCCAUUUUUUGCAGAAGCCCAAACAUGGCCAUGUGGGUAGCACACCCUGGAGCCUUGACCUUCGGCUGUCAUCUGCAGCCUCCAGCCACACUUGUGAAGCCAGAACCACCUGGUUGAGCCCCACCACUACAUUCUUGACCCACAGAAACCAGGAGACAAUAAACUGAUGACUCUUCAGCCACUAACCUGUGGAGUGAUCUAUUACACGGUGGCAGUAACUGGGACGGCAUGACACAAUUUUUUUU